UUGUUCGUGAGUUCAGAGGUCGAACAAACACCCGACGGAAGCAGAAAAUUGCGGCACAUAGCGUUAUUUUUCAUCGCCGCAUAAAACGGUUCCGCUGAAUUCCAUAUUCAUAACGAAGCACUAAGAAUCAUAUUUCCUGGAUUCUUUUUCCACCGCCACCUUCUAACAACAAAAUCCAUAAUACUUUUUAUUGCGUCCAAAAAGACUGGCUCCACCGUUAGAUCUUUGGGGUAGCUAAAUAGUAUCUGCCGUUUCGCGGCGGCUAUAAGUGCACGUUUCCCAUCCUGACUAAAGAAAGUAGCCUCGCGCAAUAGUGUCAAAACUUGUACUAUUGAACGCACACUGGUGGCCAACAGGCCUACUACUAAUGAACAUUAGUACAUCUUCUCUCAUCCACUCUGUCGAUGGCGGCGGCGUUUCAUGGUCAUGUCCCAACCCGGUGCCGGCGGCGCCAAGAGCCAACAAAACAACGAUACAACAGUGCUCCACACAAACACACGUUGAACCGUUCGCGCACGCCUCCCCGUGUGUCCUCGAUCUGAGUGGUAGAGUAAUGUUUGGCGCCGCUAGCAUGGCGCUCUACUGCGUAUUAAAGGAACAUCUUACGGCUUCUAAGGAUAACAUAUUUAUGCUUCUGCAGACAUAAUCCAUCCACACAUCUGCUAAUCAUCUAAUAGAAUUGCUGAUAUCGAUGAAGAAAAUAUAAAUGGCUCAUCAGUAGUGUCACAUGACAUGUUGUUCGAUGAUCCAGAAACCUUAAACAGAUCGUUGAGAGAAUCGUUGAAACACGACCAGCAUAAGGUGAUGAAUAAUAUUACAAAGGAUUACGAGCGAUAAUAUUAUGGCUAGAUGCUCUCAACAGAUGCACAUAGCACAGCACAUUAACCGCAGAGUGCAAAAAAAUCAUUCGCUACAACGUAGAACAUCCUACCAAGUCCCUCUCACUCGCCAGUGGCUGUGAAAACCACAUGUUCUCUAGCUUUGUCCUUAACUUGGGAAUUCCAAUUCAUUCUUCGCGUUGAUUAUCCUAUCACUUACUUCCGUACACGGAUUCUACUCUGCUAGCGUUUGCGUUUGUUAUAAGUAUUGUCUUAUGUUCGUCUCAACUGGAUGGUCAAUUCUCAAUGCUUUAACUUAUGUUCAAAUUUCUUUGUCACUCUAUGUCACUACCAACUCUGGGAGUAUCGUUACAAACCGAGGUUGAUCAAAAAUUAUUCGAAAACUGAUGAUGAAUUAUUUUAGCAUCGCGAGAACUAAAACAAAAGACAUAGUCACUUUGGCGAUCCAAUUACAGUCUUUUAGACAGUUGAUAAUCCAACGUCCUCGAUAUAGUGUCCUGAGCAAAGUGCUAUUUAUAAGUGUUGCCGGGAGAAAAAAGCACAAUUUGCUACCCAGGAAGACGGCAAAAUUAUGUUAGGAUUCGAAAUACUGGCAUGAACAGCAAAGGAAUAGCUUUGAAUUAUAAAUUAGCGGCAAAUAUAUUUUUUAAUUCAUUAUUUAUUCCAUGUAAUGAAGUAAUCGAUAGACUACUGUUUAACCUUAUGCUACACGACAAUAUCUGUGGAUGAGAAACUGAACAUAGAGAAUGAAUCUGCAUCACCCAGGGGUAUUUCAUAACUGAAAGCUUGUAUAAGUAACAUCAAAUUAGGUUCAAGCCAAUAGUCAGUCUAUACAUGGCCAAUUAAAAAAAUGCAUUUGUCGCUGCAUUCCGGAUUCAUUGAGAGAGGAUUAGCAAUGAUGCAUUAAUUACAUUUCUCCAUCUGUCCGGAUUCUGCAGCAACAUUCAUUCAUUUCAAGUAACAUUCAUUUCAAGAACAUAAAUAUUCGGGUAAAACGAAAAGUUUUAGGUAAAAGGAAUAAUUUCAUUGGAAGAUAUUCUUUGCAUGUUAGUUAGGUCAUUUGUUGCAUUACCAAUGGAAACAGGUAGAUGAAAUGAGAUCUGUAUGUUUAGCCGUUAUAUCACCUGCUAACUUCUUCUGUUUUGUUUGUAGUUCCCCCUUUGAAUCACUCAAUUAAAUCGCUUUUCAUUAGGAUAGAAACAAUAGGCAAACCAAAUUACAUCCAACGCGCGUUGGAUUCGAAGAAGCUCAUCAUCUAUUUUUCUUUUUUCCAGCUCAAGCUUAUUUUUAUUCGUACCUUGUUUGCGACCAUCAAUCGAAAUUCCCAAAGAAAAAAGGAGAUCCUAUAACGUAUCCUAGUCGGGCAACACGCUAAACAAACUCCGUAGGAGAUGUAGAGAAGAUUGCGAUAACAAACGGAAUUCAAAGCUAAACAGAACAGCUAAGCAGACCUUAUUCACUUACCCACUGGUCGAAAAGAGGGACAGAGAAAAAAAUAAUAUUGGAAACUCGCUAGUCUGGAAUGUUCUUGGAACCUAUAGCAACGCGGUACGAUUGAACAUUAUAAAGUUUACUUGCAAACGUUGUGUAAAUUGGCACAAAGCCGAACACAAAUUGUAUACAGUGUAACACAGUGCAUCGAAAUUAGCGUCAGCUGUGUA